AUGAACGCCAUUAUCAUUUUCUCAUUGGUUUCCGCAAUUUUCUGUGCUCCCGUGCCUGAAGAACUGGCCGACGACUUUUUGGUGCGUUUUAUAAAGAUUUUCGGAUUUCAAGGCUCGAAUUUUGAUUUUAGGGCCUUGCUUGGGAAGCCGCUUCAACUAAAGUGAAUGAAGGAAAUCCAGGCCGUUAUAUUGUUCCUGUUGAGGUUUUUUUCUUCUUGAAAACACCAAAAAAGGAAAUUAUUUGUACAGGUAGUGAAAGGAAGCCGACAAGGUACUGUAACUACUUUGGAAGUCGUUUAUCAAGAGUCCUGGUGCAGUGAAAAGGUGAUUUUAAUCAAAAAUGGAAAAAAAAACGAAAUUUAAACUUCAGAACGGCCAAGAACUCGAAGACGUUUGCGAAUCAAUGUGUCCGGUGUACGAGGGAGGCGAAAAAACGGUGAGAGGAAUCGAACCCUUGACCCUUUGAUUGACAUCGGAAGAGCUAACUGACUGAGCCAAGACUUUUUCAGACUUACGAGGUGAUCGCGACAGAGGAGAACAACGGCAAUACGUUCGAAGCACGAAGAAUCGCAUAG